GUCGUGCGUGAGGAAUGUCUGAGAGUCGGGAAGUGUGAUUUCGCUUUUUUGUUUUCUUGGGUAUAAAAAUGGAUUUGAAUUUUGAUGCAAUUCAUUAUUCGCAGUAAUUUAGAAAACAUUGAUUACUUUAUUUAAUAACAAGUGAUUUGGUGAAAGAAUUUGGCAUUUAUUUGUUUAAAGUCUAAAGAGCCAUUGAAAGAAAUGUUCCUGAAGUGAUUCGCCCUCCGUAUCUCAGAAGGGACAAAAAACGAUUGAAUGGAUGUGUGAGUGCGUGUGUAACACAGAAUAAAGAAAAAAGCUUAAUGUUAAAAAAUAUACAAAUAUGACGUAUGGAUGGAUGGAUCCGUUGUUUUGUCUCGAAUUAUUUGCAAUAUAUGGAAUUACUAUUGGAAUAGAGUAAAAUAAAUUGGCAAUUUAACGAAUGUUGAGAAAUUCGCAGUUUCAAAGUGCAACUGCCUUGUGUUGUUGCUCCCAGUAUACCCAUCGUAUAUACUGUAUGGGAGCUUGUGUGUCGAUGUUUUUGUUUUGUGUCUUUAACAACUUCGACGUUUUUCGUGUUUCCCACUUCUAGGGGAUACCUUGUGCGACGGUGAUAUGUCUAAACGAAAGUGUGGUGAAUGACGUAAAUGCGCUGAUUAGAAUUGAAUUUGUGGCCGGGAGAAAUCAAUUUCCAAAUUAUCCCACAUUCCCAAAGCCGAAUGUUUACAAUUUGCAAUUAGAGUUGGUAUUGUUGUUGCUCUUUUGUGUAAGCACGUGAAAUGUCAUUGAAAAGAGAAACGUAAAAAUAGUGUGCACCAGGGUGGGUAUUUUAAAACCAUCCCCCCAAAUUUGUUACUGCCCUUCGUUUUGCAAAUGCGUCGGUGGUCAAGUCAAUAGAGUUCGGCGUCUCCGGUGUCAUUUACGUGCAAAGUUGUAAAAAUAUUACACACAAAAAAACAUCGAAAGAAAUGUGUGUGUGUGUGUUUGUGAGAGAGAACGGUUGUGCAAAGUAACAGACAAAACGUAAAACAUAGAGGGCGAACGAUAAAGAGCACACGCGAACAGAACGGACAAAGCAAAACGAAAUAAAAACACCAUCGAAUGUGUCAGUCUGCAUAACUUGACAUUAAACACAACAGCAGACCGUCGUCAGUCAACCUGUGAGUGAUUUUACUCUCGUUAAUGUGCACCUCCCCAUUAACCUCUCCAUAGGUUACUCUCCAAGUAGUGUGGCAUGUUCUAUAAAAUAUACGCACAGAAUUAAGGCUGUAUUGACUCUAUCUACCAAUUCGUCAGUCAUUGGGUUACCUCUUUCAUAUGCUGCCGCGGUUGUGCGUUCAGAAUUAUGUUUCACAUUUAAUUAUGAUUAAUGCAUACUCUUGCAUUCGGAUCCCAAAGAAGGCACAUUCAACAAAACCCUAACUGAUAUUGACCAGAAAGCCCAGCGGCACUGCAAUCACAAGUGUUCGAAUUGGCAUUUGUCUUGUCAAAAUCGCCUUACUGCUGCAACCAUCCCAAUAUCGUCCUCUUAUAUAUUAAACGGCCCAUUUUGCAAGAGAAACAAAAUGCGGCAAUGGCAGUGAUAACACCAUCGAUAAUUGCUGACCCCAGUCAUGGUUGGCGUAGUAAUUCUGGUUGCCAUGGCCCUUCGUUCAGGUGUGGUGGUGCAUUUGAUGCCACAUUAAACGCAAAUAGUUCUCAUCACAGCCAUGCCACCGUACAAAAUGGCUUCGAAACAUAAAACAAUUAGCCAAAGUGUUGAGUAUAUAAAAAUUUGGAAACAUAUCAAGUGGCGGCACCGCACCCCCGCCGUACAUGUGCCAUUAACGUGUGUCUCACAAACCUAAAGAAAUAUCGCGAUAGAGAGACAGAGAGAGAGAGAGAGCCGACAGUAAUACAUGCACGCAAAUGCAUAAACCGAGAACGGAAACUAAUUGAAAUCGCGUUUUUGCUCAUCGUCGAGAACCGUGGCGAAUGAGCAACUAAAAUUCACAUGUGUACACAGUAAUAAAGUGUUAAGCAUCAGUUUUUCUUUUAGUUUUUACUAAAGUGUUAAGCAUUAGUUUUUCUUUUAGUUUUUACUAAAGAAAUGAAUUAAACCAAACUGACAACGCACGUACAGUAGCCGCCUCUGUACUUAUUUUAUUCGACAACCACAAUUAUCUCCCACAUAAACAUUAAGUGUGCAGUUUUUAUACAUUUAAACAACAACGAGUUCUUAGUGCCAUAAACGUCGGCACAGUGUGUUUAAAACAUAUCUCCAGCUGCCAAGCUCAUUUAGUUCUAGUUCAAAUCUUAUAUCCUGCUAGUGUUUCAGUACCACCGAUUACAAAAAUUUCUUGGACAAAGUUCUUCAAAGCGAUUAAGGAGGCGAGCGAGCGAAACGUCCUCCUGCACUCUAUGACAAUAUCCGUGGGCAACUAAGACGGACAAGUGAACUUUCAAAGCCAGAGUUUUCUAUGCCCUGCCACACAUCAUGGCCCUGGCAACAUCCAAUAACGACAAUAUUUUGGCCAAUGGCCUGUUAGGUGACAACGGCAAUAGCCGGAUUAAGGUGAUGGCUACUACCUCGUUGGGCAGCCGGGCUAAAAGGAACAAACAUCAAAAGCUUUUGCCAACCACCACAAAAACUACAAAAGCAAAUGGUGUUCAUGAUGAUGGCCUUGAUGAUGGUGGCGGUGGUCGCAGUGACAUGCAAUGGCCAACUAUGGCUACAAAUAUAUCGCCAUUAGCCUGUUCAUCAGCGACCACAACUACAGCAUCAGCAGCGGUGGCGGCGGUGGUGUCUCCAUCAAGAGACAGUGUUAUGGUUAACAUGCAAUCAGAGGGACGACAACAGCAGUCUCGACAUAAACACGUAGGCACAAGUGUGGGCGAAUACACCUAUCAUCAACCCCAUGCAGCGGCCUGGUACAACAGCAACGACAGUAGUAGUAGUAGCAGCAGUAGUCGUGUUCUUGAUGGAGGUGGUCAUCGCAACCAAUCACAUCACCCACCACCGAAUCUCCCCCACCAGCACUCAUCGAGAAAUUGUAAUAAUAUCUCCAUGAACACUAGGUCAAGUCAUCCACAGAACGCACAGAAUCCAUUCCCGCGAGAUCAAACCUUUAGCAAACGUCGCCAUGUUAGUCCGGAGGCUGGGAAUGGGACCGGUCGCAUCUCUCGCGAUAAUCACUACUCGGAUAAUGAUUCUGGCCUGACCAGCGACUCCUCGCCGGCGGCAUCAUUUGCCGGCGACACCGAACCCUUACUCUUUGGGGGGCCAGAAAUGGCCACCGCCAGUCAUGCCAUAUCCUCUUCCUCGCUGCAAAGACAACCUUCACAGCAAAUGACGCAGCAACCUCUGCUAACCUCUUCAGCAUCAGCUGAGCUACUUUUGCCGCCCACCAGCAAUGAGUCAUAUGAAAAUCUCAAUAAUGGGCACCACUCAUCCUCCUGUUUGACUAUGUCCAGCACAGCCACCUUCACCAGCACGGGAAAAUAUCAUCAUAACCAUUAUAAUCACCCAAAAGGCCAACAAACGCAGUCGUCUCCAAUAGCCUCCGCAUCCGUAUCCUCAUCGUCGGCCUCGGCAUCCUGUAAUUGCUGCAGUAAUUUUAUUGCUCGUUGCUGUUUUGGUUUGCCGCAUCUUAAAGCCAUCAAUGUGCGACGCUGUGUUUUGGCCCUAUUCGCCAUAACAGUGGUGACCAUAUUCUAUUAUACGCACUACAUGGAUUCCGGUGUCUUUGUGGGGUUAAUACAGCGUGACACACGGCCAACACCUAUCAUCAAAUGCCGCAUGGGCGGCGGGAAGCAUACGAGAGGAGCCUCGCCGGCACCGGAUCAUCGCACCGAGGCACGUUUGCGUAUCGACCCCAAAGUCUUGGUCUUUGUGGAGACCACAUACUCGGGCCUGGGACGUGAUAUUGCGGAAUUGCUUGUUUACAAUAGAAUAAAGUACAAAAUUGAAGUAGCUGGUAAGAGUCUUCCAUCUCUGACGAAUCUCGACAAGGGCCGCUAUGGUGUGAUAGUAUUCGAAAAUCUUGAUAAAUACCUACACAUGGACAAAUGGAAUCGAGAACUCCUCGACAAGUAUUGUCGUGAAUAUUCGGUGGGAAUUGUGGGUUUCGUCAGUCCCAGCGAGGAGACGUUGGUGGCGGCUCAGCUCAAGGGAUUCCCCCUUUUUGUACAUACAAAUCUUAGGCUAAGAGAUGCUAGUUUGAAUCCCGCCUCACCUGUUUUGCGGCUAACGCGAGCAGGUGAAACGUCUUGGGGUGCCUUACCCGGGGAUGAUUGGACAGUGUUUCAGCAUAAUCAUUCCUCAUACGAACCCAUUGAGUGGGCUCAACGCAACAGUCAGGAUUAUCCUUCGGAUGCUGGUGGUCAGGUGCACUUGCCUCUGACAACUGUGCUACAGGAUCAUGGCCAAUAUGAUGGCAUCAAACGCAUAUUUUUUGGUAGUAAUUUGAAGUUCUGGCUCCAUCGUCUUUUAUUCUUGGACGCCUUGUCGUACUUAAGCCAUGGCCAGUUGAGUUUGAAUUUGGAGCGCAUGAUUCUGGUGGACAUCGAUGAUAUAUUUGUGGGUGAGAAGGGCACUCGCCUAAGACCAGAUGAUGUGCGUGCACUGAUAGCCACUCAAAAAAUCAUUGCCUCUAUGGUUCCUGGCUUCCGUUUUAAUUUGGGCUUUUCGGGAAAAUACUUUCAUCACGGCACUAGGGAGGAGAACCUGGGCGAUGAUUUUCUAUUGCAAAACGUUCCAGAGUUCACUUGGUUCUCCCACAUGUGGAAGCACCAGCAGCCUCAUUUGUAUGAUAACCUGACGUUGCUCAUGUCCGAAAUGCAGCUCAAUCACGCGUUUGCAGUGGAACACCAAAUACCAACAGAUUCGGGUUACUCCAUCUCGCCACAUCACUCGGGGGUAUAUCCUGCGCAUGAAAUUCUCUACGAAGCCUGGAAGAAGGUGUGGAAUAUAAAGGUUACUUCAACGGAGGAAUAUCCGCAUUUAAGGCCGGCCCGCCUUCGCAGAGGUUUCAUUCAUCGCAAUAUCAUGGUAUUGCCUCGACAGACAUGUGGUCUUUUCACCCACACCAUGUACAUUGACCGCUAUCCAGGGGGACGCGACAAACUCGAUGAGUCCAUACAAGGAGGAGAACUCUUUCAGACCAUUGUCUAUAAUCCCAUCAACAUUUUUAUGACGCACAUGUCAAACUAUGGUUCCGAUCGCUUAGCUUUAUACACGUUUCAAUCCGUCAUCAAAUUCCUACAGUGUUGGACAAAUUUGAAAUUGGCCUCGGCCCCGCCCAUACAACUGGCGGAAAUGUACUUCCGCCUGCAUCCCGAAGAAGUGGACCCUGUAUGGGGGAACCCUUGUGAUGAUCCUCGUCACCGUAAGAUAUGGUCCAAAACCAAAAGCUGUGAAUCCCUGCCAAAGUUCCUGGUGAUAGGACCACAAAAAACCGGAACGACUGCCCUCUACACUUUCCUGUCCAUGCACUCCAGUAUAGCGAGCAACAUUCCCAGCCCCGAUACUUACGAAGAGAUACAAUUUUUUAACGGCAACAACUACUAUAGAGGCUUAGAUUGGUAUAUGGAUUUCUUUCCGUCCUCGGAAUCGAAUACGAGCACAACUGCACCAACCUCACGCUACAUGUUCGAGAAGAGUGCCACCUAUUUCGAUGGCGAAAUGGUACCGAAGCGAGCCCAUGCUUUGUUGCCUCACGCAAAAAUUGUCUCGAUUCUGAUAUCGCCUGCAAAGAGGGCAUAUUCGUGGUAUCAACAUCAGAAGGCCCAUGGUGAUGCUAUUGCCAACAACUACAGUUUUUAUCAGGUCAUAACGGCUUCGGAUUCAGCACCAAAAGCUCUCAGGGACCUACGUAAUCGCUGCCUUAAUCCUGGUAAAUACGCACAACACCUCGAACGUUGGCUCUCUUAUUAUCCGGCCCAACAACUGCACAUCAUCGAUGGCGAGCAGUUGCGUCUAAAUCCAAUCGAUGUGAUGAAUGACUUGCAGCGUUUUUUGAAAAUUCAACCGGCCCUUGAUUAUUCAAAUCAUUUGCGUUACGAUGUGAAGAAGGGUUUUUUCUGCCAGGUGAUUAGCGAGAAGCGCAAUAAGUGUUUGGGCAAAUCGAAAGGACGUCAAUAUCCACUUAUGGACGAGCGUAGCUCCAAAUUGUUGCAAAGAUACUAUUUGAGUCACAAUACAGCACUUGUGAAGCUAUUGAAGAAACUUGGAGCACGUCCCAUUCCACAGUGGCUUAAAGAUGACCUGUCAACGGGUACGUGAUAGCAGCAACACAAAUUACGUAAACUGCGUGCAAGAUUAAGAAAACAAUUGCAUUUGCAAUUGUUCAUCUUUGAGCCGUCAUAUCACAAACAUCCAAACUCCAGCUAUUUACCAAGGCAGCCCGCCCAGCUGAGUCAGCAGCAACGCUUGUCCAAACACCAGCUGCCUAAUAAUCAUCCAGUUCGUCAGCAACAUAGCCAUCAAGAAGAGUACGUGCAUCGCCACCAUGCCCACCACAAUAAUCAUGUCUACCAAAUCCAAAUCCAACAUCAGCAUCAGCACCAAAGGCAUUACCAACACCUCGGUCCAGUAUUGUACUCGAAUAAUCGACAACGUGUGCAUAGGUCCGCAAGGAUGCAUGCUGUCGAUGCUGAUGCCGUUGAUGGUGGCACUGGCGAUGUCGAUGUCAUUGUUGAUGAUACGUUCCGCUUUCUGCCCCCCAUGCAACCGUUAUCGAUACCACCACCACAACCAGCUGUAUUCUAUGGACAUCACAAAUCCCCCCUUCUCACCGGAUAUGGACUAUUUUAGCAGGAAUUAUAACAGAAAAACUUGGAAAAACAUGAUAUUAAAUAUUCUCUGAUAUCUAUCAAGAGAUGCAAAGCAAAUGGAUGAAUCAAUGAUUGGAUGGAUUACGGUUGUCACAUCCGCCGUGGUGGUGGUGGUGGCGGGCAAAAACCAUGCUAAUGUGUUCGGGACUAUGGCGCCAUAGAAUUUCAUUGCAACAGUCCAAAUACAUUAUCCAAGGAUCCCAACAAGAGAUAAAUGGGAAAUGUGGGUCACCUAGCAUGCAUUUGUUAAACCGCCCGCCCCAGCUUAAAAUCCAUCCUGGACAUGUAUGCACCCAUCACACACACAAAAACAUACACACCCACAAGCGCAUAGUGCUGUCACCCUAUAUGACAGAUACAUUAAUGUACUAUAGAUUAGACUAUAUAAAGAACAUUUAGAACUUAGUUAUACAAUGAGCCAUCCUUUAGUCUGCUGCUCAUCCUUUACCGUAGAGUAAAGGGCACACAACGAUGCCCUGUAAUGUAAAUGUAAAUCCCCUACCCACUCCCCCUAUGUAGAUCUAUGAUGUAUGUGUAGCAUGUAAAGCAAAUCUAUACAAUAAAGCAAAUAAGUAAAAAUAGAAUGCAAACAAAAACGAAGCCAGCAAAAAACACUAAAAAGGGCCAACCCUCAGUAGCCAAACGGAUGCGAUGAUGACUUCGUUAACUACCACUAGGAUCAAAGUAUCGGAUGCAUCCUUUAGCCGAUAAUACUAAGCUUUGUCCCGCCCAUCUCCACGCCCCCUCCCACCCUACUCUAUGCACAUGCUUAGGUAGUAGAGCUGAGUGCAGAAUUAAACGAGCUCUCCAACGAAUGGUGUUUAAAGUAAAUAAAUAUUUAGUCCUAAUAACUGCUUUGUACAUAGAACAAAUCGAGAUGAGAUGAAAUAAAAUGAAAUGAAAAACUGUAGCAUAACGCAUAACUAACUAAUCAUAAGAACGCAACGUACAUAGAAGCGCGGUGCACUGUUAACGUAGCAUACACUUACGUUAAACAUGCACAUGCGAUGUUUGUCAGGAUAAUGUUUACAAAACGGUAAAAGAAAAAAAAUAAAAUUCUAGUUAUUAUUUUGACCUUUGAAA